UUCCGAAAUGGCUGCGGCCGCCCACCUUUCCCGUAGGGGCUGAGUGUGCAUCUCCCCACGCUUGCCAGCCUCAGGAGCCGUCUCUGUGGCGCUGCAGGCACGUCCCGGGCCUCCGCAAGGGGCCACCAAGGACAUGGGGAAGAUGCUCGGGGGUGACGAAGAGAAGGACCCAGACGCCGCCAAGAAGGAGGAGGAGCGGCAGGAGGCGCUGCGCCAGGCGGAGGAGGAGCGCAAGGCCAAGUACGCCAAGAUGGAGGCGGAGCGCGAGGCCAUGCGCCAGGGCAUCCGAGACAAGUACGGCAUCAAGAAGAAGGAGGAGCGCGAGGCCGAGGCGCAGGCCGCCAUGGAGGCCAACUCCGAAGGGAGCCUGACGCGGCCCAAGAAGGCCAUCCCGCCGGGUUGUGGGGACGAGGUCGAGGAGGAGGACGAGAGCAUCCUGGACACCGUCAUCAAGUACCUGCCCGGGCCGCUGCAGGACAUGCUCAAGAAGUAGCCCCGCGCGGGACAGCGGCCCCGCGGAGCCCCGUCCCUCCCCCCUGCAGACCCUCCGCGGAGGCCCCCAAGGGACGAGCAGCGUGCAGCCCCUACGCCGAUAUAAGCCAUAGCCCCAGGCCCGCCCUGCCUGCGCC